AUGGCCGCAACAGUCUCUACAGUCACUGCUUCCGCGCCCGCCACCGAAGGGCGACUGACCACUGAGAUUGAGCUCGAGCCUUCGACAGCGCCAGGCAGACCACCAGCCUCGUCAAACACAUCACUCGAAGCCCCGGAUUCUGCGAGCACAGAAGACAAGCAAGAUGCACCGAAUACUACUAGAGCGACCGGUAUUGUCGUCGCACUAUGCGGCGUAAGCUGCCUCAACACCCUUGGGUCCGGCAUAUUGACCAUUGCACUUCCAAAGAUGGCAAAAGAUCUCGACCUGCCGCAAGAUUUGUUGCUAUGGCCUGCCUCUGUCUAUGCCCUUUCCGCAGGCUGUCUGCUCUUGCUCUUCGGCAAUCUCGGAGACAUAUUUGGUCCGAAGGUGAUAUGGGUCCUUGGCUCAUUCCUCUUUCUAGUGUUCACGCUGGCCUGCGGACUAUCACAGACUGCCGCCCAGCUGAUUACGUUCCGCACCGUCCUAGGACUCGCCAUUGCCAUGUGCCUACCGACUGCCCCCCUUGGAUAUUCUGUCGGCCUGAUACUAGGCGGUGUUUUCGCUGAUACCAUCGGCUGGCGGUAUGGAUACUACAUCAGUGCGAUUCUGAAUGCACCACUAUGCGCGAUUGCAAUCUGGGCACUUCCGGCACCAAGGCCAAAAAAGAAAUCACGCCGGGUCGCACUGCUCAAGGAUAUCGAUUGGACAGGCACAGUUCUCAUAAGCGCAUCCCUUGGCUUUCUUUCAUACGCUCUGGCACGGCUCUCUCAAAGCUACCAGGGUUUGAGUAACGUUGCGACCGCAGUGCUGUUUGCCCUUUCGAUCGCGCUGUUCCCUGUCUUCGUGUUCUGGAUGAGAUAUCAGGAGAGACGCCAGCGACCGGCUAUCGUUCCCAUCAGCCUGUGGAAGAACGCUAUAUUCUCGACAAUCUGCGGAGUGGUUUUCCUGUGCUGGGGAGUCUUCAACGCUUUCCAGUACUUUACCUCACUCUAUCUGCAACUGGUGCAGGACAACACCGCGCUCCAGACGUCGAUACGUUUCAUACCCAUGGCGGUUGUCGGGGCUGCAACGAACAUCCUGACUGGCUUCCUGGUCGACAAAGUUCGGGUACGACCGCUCGUGGUAGCAUCUGCAGUAAUUACGACAGCAUCGCCAAUCAUCAUGGCUUUCAGUGAGCCUUCAUGGAACUAUUGGCUUGGUCCGUUCUUCGCCAUCACCCUCAGUCCACUACAUCCAGACGUGCUCUUCACGGUCUCAAACCUCGUAGUGUCGGCGGCAUAUCCUGGCGAGUCGCAAGGUCUCGCGGGCGCAGUGUUCAACACGAUCAGCCAACUGGGCAACUCCGUAGGGCUUGCGGUUCUUUCGGCGAUAGCGUCCAGUGUGACAGCACAUGACGCCGACAAGUCGUUGCAAGCUGGGUACAGGGUCGCAUACUGGAUCAUGUUUGCGGCGAUGGUAGUAGUAAUCCUCGCCUCGUGGCUUGGGUUGCGUAAGGCGGAGAAGGCCGGGUAG